CGGGAUCGUCGUCAAAAACGUACACGAAGGAACAUACAGAAAGAACGCUUGCCUCAACCACGUUGUGAAAUUCAUAGUUUCUAGAACGCCAGACACCAGUUGUGUUCGAGAAAGCCUGCAAUUAAUUUCACAAUAAAUAAAGGCAACCCCUUCCAGCUGAUUCCGUGGGAUUAUAUAAGACACCGAUAAUGGCUGGCAGUAUUACAAUCAACGGCAACAGCUAUGACGUUAAUCUGGCUGCCCUGCCUGCGGACAUCUCGCUGAACACCUUCAUCCGAGAGCAUGCCGGUCUGACGGCCACGAAGUUCAUGUGCCAGGAGGGCGGAUGCGGCGUCUGCGUGUGCACUCUGACCGGCAUCCAUCCGGAGGCGGGUGAGGUGCGCACCUGGGCCGUGAACUCGUGCCUCACGCUGCUGAACACCUGCCUGGGACUGGAGGUGACCACCGCAGAGGGUCUGGGCAACAAGCGGGUGGGCUACCAUGCCAUCCAGGAGCGGCUGGCCAAGAUGAACGGCACCCAGUGCGGCUACUGCUCGCCGGGCAUCGUCAUGAACAUGUACGGGCUGCUCAAGUCGAAGGGGGGUCGCGUGACCAUGGAGGAGGUGGAGAACUCCUUCGGAGGCAACAUCUGCCGCUGCACCGGCUACCGCCCCAUUCUGGAUGCCAUGAAGUCCUUUGCGGUGGACAGCAACAUUCAGAUUCCCACGGAGUGUGCGGACAUUGAGGAUCUGAGCACAAAGCAGUGCCCCAAGACGGGCAAGCAGUGCGCCGGCACCUGCAAGAAGCAGUCGCCCAAGGGGAGUCAGAUCUACCUCGAUGGCAGCCGCUGGAGCUGGCCCGAGAGCCUCAGCCAGCUCUUUGAAGCCCUGCAGAGCGCCGUCAAAGAGAAGCUGCCCAUCAUGCUGGUGGCCGGCAACACGGCCCACGGGGUGUACCGCCGCAGUGCGGACAUCAAGGCAUUCAUCGAUGUGGGAGGUUUGGCAGAGCUCAAGGGACACAAGCUGGAUCUGGAUGCUGGCUCCCUCACCCUCGGGGGUAACUUGAGCCUCACUGAAACGAUGGACAUUUGCCGACAGCUGGAGCAGACCAAAGACUUCGAGUACCUGGCCCAGGUGUGGCAGCACCUCGAUUGGAUCGCCAACGUUCCCGUUCGCAAUGCCGGCACCUUGGCGGGCAAUCUGGCCAUCAAGCAUGCCCACCCGGAGUUCCCCUCGGACGUGUUCAUUGUCCUCGAGGCCCUGGACGCACAGGUGAUUGUCCAGGAAUCGUUGGUCAAGCAGGCGACUGUCAGCCUCGCCAGCUAUCUGAAGACACCGAUGGAGGGAAAGAUCAUAAGGGGAAUAGUUCUCCCUGCGUACCCCAAGGAUCGUUUUCUGUUCGACUCCUACAAGAUCAUGCCACGUGCACAGAAUGCUCAUGCCUAUGUCAAUGCCGCUUUCCUGCUCGAGUUGGACAACGCUUCAAAGGUGAAGACUGCGAGGAUUUGCUUUGGUGGCAUCAAUCCGGAGUUUGUCCAUGCCACGGCCAUUGAGAAGCUGCUGCUGGGACGCAAUCCCUAUGAGAAUGGACUGGUGGAGCAAGCCUUUGGCCAACUGUCGACUAUUCUGAAACCCGAUGAGGUGCUGCCCGAUGCCUCGCCUGUGUACCGACGCAAACUCGCCUGCGGACUCUUCUACAAGUUUCUGCUGAAGACGGCAGCACAGAGGAAACAGGGAGUGGGCAGUCGCUUCGCUUUGGGUGGAUCUCUGCUGCAACGGCCCGUGUCGAGUGGAAAGCAAAACUUUGAGACCUUCGAGGAGCAUUAUCCAGUGACCAAGCCUACGGAGAAGCACGAGGGACUUAUUCAGUGCUCAGGGGAGGCAACCUACGCCAACGAUCUGCCCAGUCAGCACAAUCAAGUGUGGGCAGCCUUUGUCACAGGCAAGAAGAUUGGUGCGAAGGUCACGAAGGUUGAUCCCCAGCCGGCACUGGCUCUGCCCGGAGUUGUGGCCUAUCUGGAUGCCAAGGACAUUCCGGGACCCAACUACAUUGGCCCCAAGACCCGUGACGCGUUCUUCUUUGCCCAAGACGAGGAACUCUUUGCCACUGGCGAGAUAAAGUACCACAAUCAACCAAUCGGUAUGAUUGUCGCCAGCUCCAACUUAUUGGCCCAUCGUGCCGCAGAAUUGGUGAAAGUGAGCUACGACGGAGGCUCCAAGGAGGUGCUAGCCACUCUGAAGGAUGUACUGGAUAAGGUGGGCGCCUCAUCAAGCGAUCGUCUCGAGCAUAAGGUAAAAUCCACGCUGGAAAACCUCGACCUGGGGGGGGAACACUUCGAUGUGAGUUCCUCCGGACAGCUGGACAUGGGCCUGCAGUAUCACUACUAUAUGGAGCCACAGACUACAGUGGCUCUGCCCUUCGAGGGAGGGAUGCAAGUAUAUGUAGCCACGCAGUGGAUGGAUCUGUCGCAGGAAAUCAUUGCCAACAUUCUCAACCUAAAGGUGAACGAGGUGCAGGUGAAAACCCGCCGCAUUGGAGGCGGAUACGGAGGCAAGGCCACACGCUGCAACCUCGCCGCUGCGGCCGCUGCUGUCGCUGCCAACAAACUGAAUCGUCCUGUGCGCUUUGUGCAGUCGCUGGAGUCCAUUAUGACUACCAUUGGCAAACGUUGGGCCUUCCACUGUGACUACGAUUUCUUUGUGCAGAAAUCGGGCAAGAUUGUGGGAAUUGUCAGUCGCUUCUUCGAGGAUGCCGGCUACUUGUCCAACGAGUCUCCCAUGGGACACGUGGUGAUACUGUCCAAGAACUGCUACGAGUUCAGCGAUAACUACAAACUGGAUGGCUUCCUGGUCUACACGGACUCCCCCAGUAACACUCCCUGUCGUGCUCCUGGGUCUGUGGAGGGCAUCGCCUUGAUUGAGAACAUCAUCGAGCACAUUGCCUUCGAGACGGGGCAGGAUCCCGUGGAUGUGCGCUAUGCCAAUAUGCUGCCCGCUCACAAAAUAAGUGAAAUGAUGCCAGGAUUCCUGAAGAAAACGCUCUAUAAGGAACGUCGAGCGGAUAUUAUUGCCUACAACAAGGAGAAUCGCUGGCGCAAGCGCGGAUUGGGUCUAUGCGUUAUGGAGUACCAAAUCGGCUACUUUGGACAGUUCCCCGCAACGGUGGCUAUUUACCACAGCGAUGGCACUGUGGUGGUCUCCCACGGAGGCAUUGAAAUGGGUCAAGGCAUGAACACAAAGAUAUCGCAGGUCGUGGCCCACACUCUGGGCAUUCCCAUGCAACAGGUGCGCAUUGAGGCCAGCGAUACCAUCAAUGGAGCCAACUCAAUGGUCACUGGAGGCGCUGUGGGCAGUGAAUCUCUCUGCUUUGCCGUGCGAAAGGCCUGCGAGACGCUGAACUCUCGCCUGGCGCCGAUCAGGGAGGAGGUGAAACCCUCCAACUGGCAGCAACUCAUCAAUGAGGCUUACAAUCGCAAGAUCAACCUCAUUGCCAGCGAUCAGUGCAAACAGGGCGACAUGGAGCCGUACUCGGUGUGCGGCCUUUGCCUCACGGAGGUGGAGUUUGAUGUGCUCACUGGCAACUAUCUGGUGAAUCGCGUGGAUCUAAUCGAGGACACUGGUGAGAGUCUGAAUCCCAAUGUGGAUAUCGGACAGAUCGAAGGCGCCUUCAUGAUGGGUCUGGGCUACUGGACCAGCGAACAGAUUGUGGUGGACAAGCAGAGCGGCGAAUGCCUCACCAACCGCACCUGGACCUACAAGCCCCCAGGCGCCAAGGACAUUCCCGUGGAUCUGCGCAUUGAGCUGCUGCCCAAGAGCCCCAACAAGGCGGGCUUUAUGAGGUCCAAGGCUACUGGUGAACCUGCGAUCUGUUUGUCCAUCGCGGUGGCCUUUGCCCUGCAGCAGGCGCUGCAAUCUGCCCGCGAUGAUGCCGGUGUGCCCAAGGCAUGGGUCACCCUUACUGCUCCGAUGACGCCUGAGUUGCUGGUUUUGCAUGCCGGCACCGAGACCAGUCAGUUUAAGCUAAGCUAGAGCAGAAUGCUUUCUAUUAUAUGCACAAUACAUUAAAAACUUAUCCAACUCUUAAUACAAGUGGAGUGGUGGCUAA